AUGUAAUUUUGCCAUAAAAAUAGAGUCUUUGUUAAGUAAUAAUCUCUAGAUUAGAGCGAAAACAAUGGAUAAUAGCAUAAUACUUUGGAAUAGGAUUUAAUUGAAUUGGGAUUUUAAACUGGCUAGAUACUUUUUGUUCCAAGAAUUGAGUCUCAAAAAAUGUUAAUGCAAACUAUUGUUGUUAAAGAUACUUAAAACAAGAGUAUUCAUGUCAAUCUUAAUCCUUAGACUGUGAAAAAAGUCAAAAUGUAUUUGAACAAUUAAGCAUAAAAAGGUUAAUUACAUCUAUAGCAUGCUGAAAUUAAUACUGAUAAGCUGAUAUGUAGAAUAUGCUUAGAGGAUGGUCAAAUGAAUGCAUUUAUUAAGCCAUGUGAAUGCAAAGGUUCUAUUCAGUAUGUUCAUGAGGAUUGCUUAAAAACCUGGCUAUUAAGAAAUCACAAAAUUGACGAAAUAGCAGCAAAUAGAGUCUUUUGUGAGUUAUGCAAAAAAUCCUUUGAUUGUGAAGUAUAAUUUGAAUAAAAAUACGAAUUUUCAUAGCUGUUAAGAAUUCCGAAAAAUUAAAAAUAUUGUUUGCUAAGCUUUUUAAUACUAAGCCUUUUUUUAUAUGGAUUAGGGAUUACCCUCGGAGUUAUAAUAUACGAAAAUGAGAAUUUUAUUAUUGCAUGCAUCAUUGGAAUUGUACUUAGUUUCUUUAUUGGAUUAAUAAUAUAGAUCCUCUUACUGGCAUUAGUUAUGGAAAUUAUUUCAAUUACUAAAGUGUUAAGAUGGAACAUUAAUGAAUUUAAAGUUGCCCAAAAAACUUUAAAAUUAAAAUUGGAUAAGAAAAGAAUCUAUAAAUCCAAUUCAGCCCCAGUAUUAACUGUCAAAGAGGAUUUUGUAAUAAAAAUUUUAACUAAGAAACAAACCAAUCUUGAUCUAUUUUCUUGA